AUGUUUUAUCAAAACUAUCCAAACACCUUAGAUACAACAAUAUAUUACUUCGGAUAUAAUAAUAUAUCAAAUAUUCCUGACACGUUUAUAAUAACAGGAGAUAUCGAAGCAAUGUGGUAAAGAGAUUCCACAAACUAAGUGAUUCCAUAUAUAAGAUACAUAAAAGAAGAUAAAAAGCUUUUAGAUUUAAUAUUAGGGCUAAUAAAUAGGCAAAUAAAUAAUGUGCUAAUCGACCCAUAUGCGAAUGCUUUUAAUUUUAAGCCUACAGGUUCUCCUUGGGAUUCAGAUAAAUCAACAAAAUUAGAUUCUUAGGGUAGACAAAUAAAUGCUAUGAUCCCGGAGUUAUGGGAAAGGAAAUUUGAAAUCGACUCUUUAGCAUCAGUCCUCAGACUUCAAAAUGAGUUCUUUGAAUAAACUUAAGGAAACGAUUCUUUUAUGACUUAAGAUUAUUUUAGAGCUUUAUAGCUAAUUUAUGAUGUACUUAAAGAUCAAUAAAAAGGAACUUUUUAAGAAGAUUAACAAGGAAAGGUACAUUAUACAUUUCAAAGAUUUGCCAAUAACCCAACUGAUAGUACCUAACAUGGAAGAGGAAAUCCUAGCUUUAGCGAUAAAAGUGGGAUGGUAAAAACUGCAUUUAGACCUUCAGAUGAUGCUUGCAUCUAUGCAUUUAAUAUACCAGGAAACGCAAUGCUGAGUGUAUAAUUACUAAAAACAGCAGAUUCAAUAAAAGAAAAAAAUGCAACAUUAUCCUAAAAAUACGAAUAAUUAAGUAAAGAUAUAAAAACAGAUAUUUAUUUAAGGGGUAUUACUAAAGAUAAUUAAGGAAAUGAUAUUUUCGCUUAUGAAAUAGACGGCUUUGGAAAUGUUCUAAAAAUGGAUGAUGCUAAUUUACCAUCUUUAUUAAGUUUAACUUAUUUAGGUUUUAUUUCUUAAAAUGAUACUUUAUAUAUUAAUACAAGAAAAAUGAUACUUGAUAGUUCAUAAAAUCCUUAUUUCUUCAAAGGAAAAUAAGGUGAGGGAAUUGGAGGACCACAUAUUGGAUUUUAAUACGCAUGGCCUUUAUCUAUUAUCACUAGAGCUAUCACAAGUUAAAAUGAUUAGGAAAUAUUAUAUUGCUUAGAAAUGCUAAAAAAUACAACUGAUGACACUCUUUUUAUGCAUGAAUCAUUUAAUGUUAAUAAUUCUACUGAUUAUACUAGAACAUGGUUUGCAUGGGCUAAUUCGUUUUUUGGAGAACUAAUUCUUCAUUUGAUUGAUGUAAAACCUUAUUUGGUUAUUUGA